AAUACUUGGCAACCCAGUUCUUUAGACCCAGCCAUAGGCUGUGCCUGGUUGUUGGGUGAAACUGUCAGUUCAUCAAGUAAAAGAAAAAGAAGAAGAAGAAAAAGAAGAACAGCCCUAUGCGGUUUUUUAAGGGGUAAUGGAUUCCUACAAACGUUUUAGUGAUGAAAACUACAAGCACUGGCUGCAGGCAGCUGAGAGUCUCUAUAUACUGAGGAGUCUCAUUCGCGAUUUUGUGGAAAACGAAACCGAAUCUUUUCACAGCUCUCUGCGGGGAAAGCUGAAAGAUGACAUUUGUAAAUCAAAAUGUACUCUCCAUAAAUGUCCACCAAGAACAAAAAAGUUUCCAAUUUGUGAUAAGUGUGAGCGGUGGAAAGAUGAGAUCUUGGACAACCAUAGAAACAAGAAUAUGGACAUACACUGGAGUAACUGCCAGUCGCACUUGUGGCCUAAAGACAAAUGGGAAGUGGCCAAGGUUUAUAUGCUGCGUGGAAUAAAAGACCAUCACAGUUAUGAUCAGUUUGACAUUACUUCCAUUCUGAACUUCAUGUCUCACUGCAAGUACUUCGAACCCUUUGUGAAAGUCAAUUACCUAACCAAGGUCAUCAGCGUGAGAAACAAACUGAUGCAUUCCCCUGACUUCAGGUUAAGCAAAAAGGAGAUGGAUGAAAGUAUAUCAAAUGUUGAGGUGCUGGCUAAGAUUUUUGAGAAAUAUGCACCUGGACUAAAAAACAUAUCAGAACAAAUACAACAGUUUAAAAACAUUUUGCAAAAGUGUAGUGGACAGGCUUCCCAGAAUGCAACAGACAGCAAGGAAGAAACUCUAAAGCUGCUAGACAAAGAGCAACAUGCCCUGAAGGAAAAGAUCGAGUUCCUGACCAAAUGCUAUGAAGAAGAUCAAGGCACAGAGAUCAAGGAAGAACUUCGGGGCGUGAGAAAUUUCCUAGACCAAAACAAGGAUUUGCUGGAGAACUUGGGUCCACAAAUACAGCGGUUGAAUGAAAUACAAGAGAAAGUGAACAAGCAUGAACAGGAUAUCAACAAUCUGUAUGACAGAGUGGACCAGCUGGAAAGCAGUGCACCUGACCCAAUGUUCACUGGUGAUGUGCUUAAGUUCAAGAAUUUUGUGUUCGAAGAGGCUGGAAAAAGGAACAUGCCAAAACCUGAAUUUACAGAGGAAUGUGAACCUAGUGGUUACAGGGGUGUUUUGAUUGUGAACGGACGCACAUUUAAAGGGACGCAGGUGUGUAAUAAUAAAAGAAAUGCCCACCAAGAGGUUGCUAAGAUCGCUCUGGAUUUCAUGAAAUCUCAUCCUGAGUGGAAAGAAGAGACAUAUGAAACACCUUCAUCAGCCCCAAGUGCCAUCUAUUAUGGUAUUGUGACUGUGGUUCUCAAAAACCAAGAGGUUGUUUCUGAUGGUUGUGCUGAAGAGAAAGAAGCCAUUGAAUCAGCUUACAGGAAACUAGCCUGUCACUUUGGCCUUGAAGGUAAAACAGCAGUACAAGAGUAUUUCCAACGAUGUAAUUUCCCACAGCCGCAGGAACACUCAGUUCAAAAAGACGAUAAGAUCUUCUGCAGACUACAGCUCACUGGGGCUUUCCCAUUUUCUGACAAAGAUGGAUCUACAAAGAAGAAACAGGCUGAGCAGCAGGCAGCCAAGAUUGCACUGCAACAUUUGUCAGGACUCUUAAACUUCAGUUUUGAAGAAAAAGCUUGCGACAACUACAAAGGUUUUCUGAAGGAACGUCUAGAAGCCAUCGGUCUGAAACAACCCGAGUACAUUUUCACAUGUAACAAAGUUGCUGCCAUUGAAGAACUUGAGGGUUUGUCUAAGAGUGAAGAAAAUUCACAGUGCAAAAUUUUUUAUGGUAUUGUGACUGUGGCCCUCAACAACCAAGAGGUUGUUUCUGAUGGUUGUGAUCAAAAGGAAGAAGCCACUGAAUCAGCUUACAGGGAACUAGCCAGCCAGUUUGGUCUGCCUUCUCUUGAUGGUAAAGCUGCAGUACAGGAGCAUUUUAAAAGAUCUAAUUUCCCACUACCACUGGAAGACUCAGAUCAGAAAGAUGAUAAGUUCUUCUGCAAACUCCAGCUCACUGGAGAUUUUACAUUUUCUGACAAAGAUGGAUCUACAAAGAAGAAACAGGCAGAACAGCAGGCAGCUAAGGUUGCCCUGCAACAUUUGUCAGGACUCUUUAAAUGCAGUUUUCAAGUUGAAGCUGACAAAAACUACAAAGUUUUGUUGAAAGAACAACUAGAUAUUUUACAUCUCAAAAGUCCUGUGUACAGCAGUAAGGAAAACGGAGAGCCCAGUGAAGACAUGGAGGGUCCCAGCACAAGUGGAGGUAAUUUUCUCUAUGAACCUGUUAGGACUGCAGCAUCCAGCACUACAACCAUUAGCAAGAAUGUUAGUCUGAAAAAGAAGCACAGUAUAAGUCAGGAGUGUCUGGUGACAGAAACUCAGGAUCAAAGCCUUCCAGACAUCCCCAACAAAGCCCCCAGGUUGGAGAAAACAGACAUCAACAGACUUCUAGAAUUGUUUCAUCUCAAGCCUCCAUCAGUAAUAGUCAAAAAUGUCAGCACUGAGAAGAAUUUUAUCUGUCGUGUGGAGAUAAACUUGGACAAAUUCAUGUUUCAGAACAACAGUGACUACAUUGGCAAGAAAGAAACCAUUCGAAAAACCUAUUUAUUGCUUGGGAAUGCUUUGGGAAUUUCGAAACCAAUAUUAGAUGAAAGCAAUGCUCUUAUGCUGGUGAAACAAGAUUUUUCCCAGAAGUCUCUCACCCCUCCUAAGGAAGUCUUUGAAAACAAAAAAUGUUCACUUCAUGAUAUAACAUACAAUAUAAUAUAUGAUGGAACAGGCUCCAGUGAAGAAGAAGCAAAACAAGAUGCCCUGGAGAAAGCCCUAGAUACACUAACCUUGCUCUGUGGGUUCGAAUCUUUGCCAAAAUCUAACACAGUUGACGGAACAGUGCUUCAGAUUAAUAACUUACUAAAAACAAAAGGUCAAGCAGAUCUCAUUUAUUCGCUUAAACCCACCCUAUAUAAAAGGUCAGUUGAGCUCCUGUUUCAAGAUUACACCAUGGAGAGCAAAGACGGAAAGAAUAAAAAAGAAAAUCAGAAUCAUCUCACUAAACGCAUUCUGGGCCUGCUAGCGUUGGAGCCAGAAUCAAACACGGUCUCUUUAAGGAACUAUCUAGAUGAGUGGUUUAAACAGAAGAAUCUGAAGCAGCCUGUGUUUGAGAGCAUUAAAGAAGUUAAUGGAUUGAAAGUCACAUUUUCUGUCGAAGUUUCCUUCUCAAAUCCAAACUGGGAAGACAGCAUGAAGGUUGCAGAAGAGAAGUUGAUCGUUAAACUCAGGGAAAGGUUAACAUGUUUGACUAAAAAGAGUAUAAUGGAUAUUUAAUAUAUGUCUGAUUGUUUUUUAAGAUGACUAUGGAGGCGUAACAUAAUGAUUACUAAAUUCAAUCUGUGACCAUCAGCUAUCAAUUGUUCCAAUUUUUAAGACAUACAAAAUCCUCUUGUGUCUCUUCCAUUACUGUCUAAUUGGAAAAAAUGAAUCAGUUCUGGAUUAUGUAUAUCGGUGGGGGAUGGGAUUCCUAAAACCUUUGUUCAUUGUCUUUAUCUUAUUCGUGAAAGUUUUUUUUUUUUAAUUAAUGAGCAUUUCCUGUGAACACAUUUACAAUACAUUAACAUAAUAUGCAAAUUUGAUCAUAAAACAAUGAGCAACCCGAUACAUUUUCUCUAAAAUCAUAUGCAUUUGGAGCAUGAGUGCAGUUUAACUUCUUAAAGGCCACACAUUUUUAUACAAAUGAACUUUUUUAGUGUAGCUAUGGUCAUUAAAUUAAAUAAUUUAAAAAUUGCUUUAUUGCGUUCAAAUUGUUAGUUACUCAAUUUUUUAAAUAAAUGUAAAAAUAAAAUAUAGUGAAUAUCUGCACGAUUGUGACUACUUAUGGUGUUUGGCCUGUCACAUUAUUCUUACUGCUAAAUCAGUUUACUUACCACAACAGCACUUUUAAUCAUUUGAUUUUGCAUCAUCGAUCAUGUUAUGACGUUUUCCUAAUUAUAGGUCACUUGGUGAAGUUUAUAUAAAGAGAGAAUGAUUAUGCACCAAUAGACAAAAAAGAACGUGGGGCCAUUUGUCCAAAAAUACCCUAAAUCGUCUCCAUGACAACAAGCGGUGAUGCGCCCAGCUUUUUAGCAUGUGGAUAUUUGAUUAGCUAUUUUUAAUAUUUUUUAAAAAGAUCUUGUCGAUAUUCAAAUAUGCAUUGAUAUAAAUCUAUUAAUAUUAAUAUUGACUAUUUGAUACAAAGUCAGAAAAUAUACCCAAGACUAUUAAUGUGGUGUUUGUAAAUGCUAAUAUAUCUCACAUUUUAAUAUUUUUCCAUUGUUUUCCCAUUUCGAGGACCCCAUGAGUAAAACACUGUACAUCUUUGGUCAAAUAGGUAUCAACUAUUUGUUGUAUAAAUUUCUUUACUACUUUUUUCCCCCCAAGACUGUAUUUUUUCCCUAAGGCUGCACCUUUAUUCAAGUCUCUUACUGUGACACUAAAGAUUAAAUUUUUUCUUAUUUUAUUUCAUUUUUUAUUUUUAUUUUAUAUGCAUGACAUCACUUAAUACUGUAUUCAGCCCUUUCAGGAUUUUUUUUUUUUUUUUUAAUUUGUGCUUCUCCUCUGCACAAUGUUAUCAACUGCAGCUGCACAAUUGGUCACAAAGAUCGACAAAAAUAUUCAGUAUGCUGUUUUAUGUCGUAUUCAUGCAUAUGCAUCACUCACGGUCUUUUAUGAGUCAUGAGGAGAGAAGGAGGGGAGAGGCCAGGUCUACAGACCAAAAAAAGUGGAGGCGUCAGACACAUGCUGUUCAAAGUUCAGAAGUGUUCAAUCUUGUGUUUUUCUUAUCUAGUUCUUUGCUGUGCUUUAUAAACAUGUUUUAGAGUGAUUUUUUCAGACCGAUUUGGGGUUGAUUUUAUGGAGAGGGACUAUUUGUUUAUUUAGUAUAUUAAUGAUUGUUUGCAGAUGCACUUAUAUUUAAACUAUAAAGUAUAUUGGUGAAGGAAAUCUUCAUUCAGUUAUAUUUACCCUCAUUGGUGCAGUUUUCUCAUGAUUCCUGUCAUCAUUCUGAUUCUGCUUUGAUUAUCCGGGUGUUUAACAUGAAACUAAAGUGGCUUUAGUACAGUAUUAGUAAGGAUAUAAUGUUGUUUUCCAGCUCAAUGCAUAGGUUCCGCAUGGGUUACUUACCACAUCCUGAAAAUAAGACUAAAAUGCUUAAGAGAUCAGUUGCAGCACAGGAAGUAGCACCUGUGUUUACAGUAAAAAGGUGUGAGAACAGUUUGAGAUCUUUAUUGUCAUCCAAGUUUUGUAAGAGAACUGGAAAGCAUGUUAAAUACACACGAAAGCACAUGUACAUCAUUUAUGGUAAUAUGCUCAUUGCAAAUGCAUGGGCAAUCCAGUUGCUACUGUGUAUUUAACACCGUGUUUUUAUCAUUUUAAUUAAUAAUCACUGUAACUCUAUAAAAUCUUUGUUUUUAUUUAUUUAAGAAUUUCCUUUCAGCAUUUUGAUGGAUUUUAUUAAAUUGGAUUGUUUUCUCUUAACACUUUGUAUUUGAAUCGGGGUUAGAUCUCUGUCAAGCACUUUGUAUACUUGUUUUCAAGUCUCAAAUAAAAACUACUACUCUUA